AUGAAUUGUGACAAGUCUAUACUCAAAGAACUAAUUUAAACAAAUAUUAUUUUGAUCGAAGAAGCCAAGGAAUCUAACCUAUAGAACUUUAACAAUUCCAAGAUGUGGAUCAAAAAGUCCUUUAAUAAUUUGUUUAAUCUACUUCCUAAAGAAACCCUUGAGAUGGACAUUAAUCAAUUACUUACGGUGUCUGAAUAGGAAGAAUUGCUUAAAGACCCUCAGCUUUCCAUUGACUUUUUUAAAAAUAAGUUCUAAAGAGAGAUAGAUGAUCAAGAUUGGGAAGAUGAAGUGGAAACACACCUAACCCCACCAAAAAAAUUAAUACCCUAAACUCGAACUUUAUAAUCCAGCAAUAUGGGAUUUAGAAAGAAGCCUGCUACAAUUAUAUAAUCCUCAUAAAAAAAACUUCUUUCUAGUGCAAUUCACAAUAAAUACAAAAGAAAAAUAAUUUGA